CAGUCAGUCGCGCGCGCGCUGGCGGUCGUCUCUUCUUUUCGGAGCUGCAGUCAUGUGGAGGCAUUGAUUCGGCUCUUUUUCGGACGACGUGUGAUACAUUUUCGAGUUAUAAAGUGAUAAAUUACGGAGUUUUGAAAGAAGACACUAUUGGAGAGUGUAAUUUGAUUGACACGGGAGCAUGGGGACGGUUCACGCGAAGGAGCCUGAAACGUUGAACAAUUUUGGUGUUGCACAACAAGAUAAGACAAUGAGGGACAAAACAAAAUUUCCAAAAGAUGGUGAUCAUUCUCCAUUUGGCCAAGACAGAACACUUACGGGAGAUCAAAAUAAAAGAACUAAACCAUUGGAUUUGAAAAGUGUUAGGGCAAGAGUUGAUAAAAUACAUAUCGAUGGACUGUGUCGUACAAAGCAUGAUAUUAUUAAAGCACAAGUAAAUGAACUGUUCAAAGCUAAAGAUUUCCAAGAUGUUAUAAUAAAUGCCUACACAGUAAGAGGAAAAUUGGAAUCAUUGGGCUGCUUCAAAAAUAUAGGAGUGUAUAUUGAUACUAGUCAUGGACCUGGUGCUACACCAGAGGGAGUUGAGGUCACAUUCACAGUUCAUGAAUUAAAGCGAAUAAUGGGCAAUAUAAAUACUAUGGUUGGAAAUAAUGAAGCAUCCCUUCUCAUUGGAGCUAAAACUCCAAAUUUAUUUGGCAGAGGCGAGAAGCUUCAAGUCGACUAUUCAUAUGGCCAUAAAAACUCUUCUAAUAUAAAUAUUGCUGCCAUAAAGCCUUUUUUUACUGGUCGACUAAGUAAAGUAUUAACAACAAGUGUCUAUACUACAACAUCAGAGUUCCCAUGGUCUGGUUAUAAAGAAAACGAUAAAGGUCUUUUAGUAGAUUUUGCAUUUGAUUCAAAUGAAUCUGGCACAUUCAAACAUCAUCUUCAAUACGAAGCCGUUGUCAGAGAAUUGACAGCAACGAAACAGGCCACUUUUCGCGUUCGAGAACAAUGUGGACCGACUCUUAAAUCUUCUCUUAGGCACAUCUGCAAAGUAGACAAAAGAGACGAAAAAAUUUUCCCAUCUUCUGGGACUCUAGUUCAGUGCACAACUGAAAUAGCAGGUCUUGGAGGCAAUAUUGGCUUCAUUAAAAACGAAUUAGCUAUACAAAGCAAUUGGUCACCUCAUGAAUGUCUUACGUUCCAAGUAGCUGCUCAAACCGGUUUUCUGAGAGGAAUCAACAACGACAUGCAGAUCAGUAUUGCGGAUAACUUUUUCUUAGGCGGUCCUCUAAAUCUCAGAGGUUUUGAAAUGAGGGGUGUGGGACCUAGAGAAGAAGGUCAUGCUCUAGGAGGAAACACCUACUGGGCAGCUGCAUUUCAUUUUUACAGUCCGCUUCCAUUCAGGCCCGGCAAAAACAGUUUCGGUGAUCUAUUCAGGUUGCACGGUUUUAUAAACGGGGGUAAUGUGAACAAUGCCGCGUUGAAAUUAGGAGGUAGCUAUGAAGAAAAUUUGAGGGUUCUGACGGAAAACGUUCGUUGUACAGCUGGUUGUGGAAUUGCAAUGAAACUAGGAAACAUAGCUAGAGUAGAGUUAAACUUUUGCCUGCCUUUCAAGUACUUACGAUCUGAUGUACAGCAACAGAUUCAAUUAGGAUUGGGUGUUCAAUACUUGUAAAGUGGAGCUCUCGCCUAAAUGGAACGAAGAUUCGUCGCAUUUUGUUUCCUACUUGACUCAAAUUUACAGGAGUUAACUAGGAUAAAUUUAAGUAAAACAGAUUAUUCGUUAAACCAUCAAAAUCCGGUCUUAGUUUCUAUCUUUUUUGUUAGAAUUCAACAUCAAUAGUCACUAGAUUAUGUAGACCUAGAGGUUUUUCUUUCAUUCGUUUUAAAAAUCUGACUAAUGGUGUUACAAGAUAUGCAUUUAUUUAUAAGUCUAUUGAGGUCAUCCUAAAAAGUUCUUGUGUACUAAAUAAUUCACAACGACAUAAAGAUCGCUUUUGUGAUUGAAUUAUCAACAAUGGCGCCCGGUCACUAAGAAUUUCGAGAGGAUAUACGCUGAUACUUAUAUACUGUAUAAAGAAGCUAUACGAAAAAUUCCUGGUGCCGAAUUGAACGAGAAAUGAUUUUAUUUUAAGUUGUUGCACAACUGUUAAAACAGUGAAUGUCGCAGUACAAAUUUACUGUUCUAUGGAGAUACAUGCAUUGUUAGAAUAUGAAAAUUGUGUUCCAAUUAUAGACGACUUCAAUGAAGCGUUUUAUUGCAAUGCCCGUUGAACAGAAAUAACGUGUACAGAAUUUAAAAUACAUGCUAUAUUUUAAAAGUUCUCUAGUUAUUAUCUUUCUCCGGGAACGGCUUACAUACAACAAACAAAAAAAAUCGCAUCACGAAUUCGACUGCCUCUAUUGCAUCAUGCUGUACGGCAGUACGGCGCGUGUAAGCUAUACGAGCGUGACGUGCUCAGUUGUAAAAAGCGAUUGUCCAAUGCGGAGCGCGCAUUACACCUUGUUACAUUCUCCUACAUUUUAUAUUCGCGGGUCUCGGAUGUCGCGCCGUCGUUGAGGGCAGCAAACCCGUUUCUGCUCAUAGGUAUCUGUUGAAUUGUUUCUUUAUUCAUCUAGAAUGGCAUUCACAUUUUUCGCUUCUCUUUCCUUGAGAAAAGUCGUCAAGGUUUUCAAAUUUUUCGAGCUGCUUGUGUUCUAUACAGUGUUGCCAAAUCGCCAUAGUGUGUCAGAUGAAAAAGAGCGGGAAAUUUGAUUUUCUGAAGUUGUUAUCUAGAAAAUAUAAUAUAUUUGUGAAUAAAAAAUUGUUCAAAAUAUAA